CAUUCGUUAAGCAGCUUCACCAACAAACCUCAGUAUAUCCGCCUCGAAUUCUCAAUAAAGACUCAAUUUCUUAGUCUAUUCGUCCAACAAUCUACAGACCGCCAAAAUGAAGACCUCUAUUGUGGCUACAUUCAUCGGCCUUCUGGCUUCUAACGCCCUGGUUCAGGUGCAAGCCGCCAAUUGCCAAGGAUCGCACGGCGCCGCAUGGGGCGGUACCACCUGGGAGGCUAUCAACAAAGCCAUUGUACAGACAUGCAAUGCGCAACCGCGUAACGACGGUUACAAAACGGUUGAAGAAAUUGCUGGCUACGAUGUAGCAGCCGCUGAAGCUAAUGUCGGUUCGGGAGGAUCGCCCAACUGCUGGGCGGCUAUGUACCAAAUCAGGGACCAGUGCUUGGAUACCGGAACUGGACAUUAUGCGACACAGGGCUACUGGCAAUAUGGGGACGAGUACUACUUCUUGUGGGCCUGGGAUCAAGCUGAUUGCCAUCAUCAGCUUUCUGGCUACGACAACACUUGCUAG